ACACGUACACACGCUCUCACUAUAAUCGUGGUAGCAGUAAGGUAGAGGACGAAGAGAAACAUAAGACGAUCCGGCAUAAUAUCAGGAUAUGAUUAAUUUUACCGCGUUUAAUUCUUUAUAUAUUAUCAUAUAAUCGAAAACUUUUAUUUUAUUCGUCUUACGAAUAAGUUUAACAUGGUUUUCAGUUGCAGAUGUUCGCCUUAUUUAUUAUUUUUCUCUUUUACCGGCUUAAUUAUAUUUAUAGAAAUAUGUGCUUUAAACUAUAAUAAAUACGAAUUAAAUACAUAUCAUAAAGAAUUCCAUUGUCCUUUAAAUUAUUUUAAGUGCAUCAAUUCUACUCAGUGCAUUUUAAUUAUAGAAUUGUGUGAUGGCAUAUUGAAUUGCUUAGAUGGAAGUGAUGAACAAGACUUUUGUGAAUCUGAUAUGUGUAGAUCAAGCACAUGCCGAUAUGGUUGUCAACCUAGUCCAAAGGGUCCAUUGUGUUACUGUCCAGAAGGCUCAACUUACAAUGGAACACACUGCCUUGAUAUUAAAAUCCCAUCCUCAUUUUUGCUUUAUACUACCUACAAACCUUUUGCCAUUAAGGGUGUUGAACUUCCAGCAGAAGGUACACAUCCUAGUGAAAUUAUUUUGCCAAUAUAUACAACUGGACAAAUUUCAGCAGUUGCUUUUGAUGUUAAAAAUAAUAACAUUUAUUAUUGUGAUAUUGUGGAUCAAGCAAUCUAUCGUCAAAAUUUAAAGUCAUCUCAGAAAGAAAUAUUUCUAGAAGGAAUUGAAAAAUGCAGUGGAUUGACCAUUGAUCAAAUGGGAGAAGCUAUUUAUUGGUCUGAUUCUAGUAUUGGCUCUAUAAAUGUUGCUAGUCUGUAUAAUUCCUCCGUCCAAAAGAACUUGUAUCAGCUAAAAGGAGCACAGCCAAAAAAUAUUGUUCACAUAAUAGGGUAUAUGUUCUGGAUUGAUAAAAAUAAAAUAAAGAUGGCUGCAAUGGAUGGCAGUAAUGAGUUCAUACUUGUUGAAGCUGAAUCAGACAUUUUUAGUUCUUUAACAGUAUUUAAUCACAACCUAUAUUGGUUUAAUUCAGCAUCUCAACAAGUAGAAGGAAUUGAUAUAGACCGAAUCAAACAGCGAGUAAUUUUAGACAAACUGAAUAUGAAUAUUAAAAGUAUGAUUAUGACAGAUGAUUAUAUAUAUUGGACUGAAACUUCUAAAGGAAUUCUUCAUAUGAAAAGUUUGAAAAAUACAUCUAAACAUUCUUCUUUCUUUCUUGAAAAUUUACCUAUUCAUAUAACAUAUGUUCAUAUAGCAAAUGGAAUAACAUCCAGAAACAGUUCACAAGAUUGUGUUAACUGUGAUCUAUGCCUUCCAAUGCCUUAUUCCCAAGUUCAGAAAUUUAAAUGUAUUUGCCAAGAGGGCUUCCAUUUUGAUAAUGAAACUAGAAAAUGCAAAGUUUCUUUACUAAACAAAUGUGGAAGUCAAGAUUACCAAUGUGCUGAUGGAACAUGUAUUCCUGAAAUUUUUAUUUGUGAUGGCCAGCAAGAUUGUAUAGAUGAUGAAUUUGAAGAAAGGAAUUGCAAAACAUCGUGCUUAUAUCCACAUCAUAGUUGUGAUAAUGGAACUAAAUGUAUAAAUAGACAAGAAAUAUGCAAUGGAAAAUAUGAUUGUGAUGAUAAAUCAGAUGAAGUGGAGAGAUGCUAUUAUGGUAUAUCUUUAAUUUUCUCAAUAGAUAUACCACCUUGCAAACAGUGGGGAAGAUGUAGCCAAAUAUGUCAUACUUUUAAUACUUCUUAUGCUUGUGAUUGCAAGUGGGGAUAUACUCUUUCUUCAGAUAAGUUCACAUGUAUAAGUAAAGAUCCAACAAAAGCAACAUUGCUAUUGACCACAGAAUCAGAAAUAAUAAGAUAUUUUCUUUGUAACAACAGUCAGAUUACUGUGUUAUCUGGAUAUUCAAGAAUUACCUAUGUUGAUUACUAUCAUACAUCUAUGGCUGAUCUUUUGUUUUGGGUAGAUACAGAAAAAAAGAAAAUAUUUAGAGGAGUGUUAAAAGAUGCAGCUAUUGAAAGUAUUCAUAUUAUUGUAGAAGAAGGUUUGGGUAUGAUAGAAGGUCUCUGUGUUGAUUGGAUUGGUCAUAAUUUGUAUUGGGUAGACAGUGAAUAUCAUCAUAUUGAAGUGGCAAAAUUUGAUGGUAGCAUGAGAACAUCACUAAUAGAUGGUGUUACACGACCAAAAAGUAUUGCAGUAGAUCCUCAUGUUGGAUUUUUGUUUUGGGCUGAUCGAUCAGAAAAUGGCUCUGUCAUAGAAAGAAGUUUGACAAAUGGUUAUCAACGCCAUAUUAUUAUUCAAUGUGCUCAAAAUGGUUGGCCUACUGGAAUUACCUUGGAUAUUACAACACAGUAUAUUUAUUGGGUAGACUCUAGGUUAGUAAUUUUGAAAAUAGAAAAUGUAUAUUUACCACAAUAG